AUGCAGGUUCUUUCCUGGCUUUGUGCUGCAGUUGUCCUGUGUGCAUGCAGAUCAAGAGUGGACGGCCAGUGCUGGGACAUUGUGGACUGUACUAAUUUAGGAUCUGAAGAGAAAAUAAUGGAGUGUAUCUGGCAGUGCAGAUCUAAGCAGCUGCUCUUUGAUGCCAAAAAAGUUCUUCCAAAUCAGCAGCAGAGCACAGUGGAAGAGGAGGAGAAAGAAAGCCUGAGUUUGGGCGUACUGACGUCGUCUCUGGCUCAGGAUGACGCCCUUCAAGCCAAGAGGUCCAGUACAGGGCCUUUGCGCACUGAUGACAGGCGCUCCUACUCCAUGGAGCAUUUCCGUUGGGGUAAGCCGAUGGGCCGCAAGCGCCGGCCCAUUAAAGUCUACUCAGGCAGCUCAGUGGAGGAGGAGAGUCCCGAGGAACAGUCUAUGGAGACCCAGAGCAGGAGGCAGCUGGACAGCAGUGAGAAAGGGGCCCCAUCACAGAAGAAAAACACAAAGAGCACCGAGAAGUAUCGUAUGAUGCACUUCCGCUGGAGCACUCCACCUGCAGCCAAACGCUAUGGCGGCUUCAUGAAGCCCUGGUCAGAGACGUCCAACAAGCCCCUCAUCGCACUGCUCCGUAACAUCAUUGUUAAGAAUGGACAAUAGGACAGUAAGGAAAGGGCAAAAGGGACAAAAAAGAAACAGGCUGAAGAGAAUAUUGAUGUUCCAUGGAGUCAUAACAUGUUAAAGUACUCCCUAUAUUAUAGCCUACUGUAGCUUCUCUAUGCCCUUCUGGCUAAAUUCACCAAGACUCCAUAAAAUGUCAGUAUGACAAAAGAGUGUAGAGAGUGGAUAAGGUCUCUAAAUGUGAACACUAGGCCUAAAGCCACUUAUCAGUCAGCUUCCAUCUUACAGCACAAUAUUGUAAAUAAAAGCAA